UUUUUUUCCGGGGAAGACCUUUUCCCAGAGUGAUAACGCACUACCUUACUUACUUGCACUCGUGCGAGGCAGUGUGAUCAACUUAGCUAUUGAUGAGUGAGCCGUACGUACGCCUGCGUGCCAUCCCCCCACAACACACACGCGUGCACGCCGCAGCGCCCAAGUUCUGGGACGACUUCGGUGAUGACCCCGCAUAUCACGUGACCAAGGCCAGCAACAUUGAAAAGGUCAUCAAGCUUAUGAACGGCACGUACGACAACCCGGGCGGCUACCCGUACGGCAUGGGCAAGGACCGUACAGUACGGCAGUGGUGGGAGUACGCCGGCAUGGAUCCAGCGGACCAUUCCCUGCUGCCACGUGGCGACAAGUUUUGCUUUGGCAGCACCUUCUACCCGGGCCCACACGCCCCCGACGCGCCCAGCCCCCGCCGCUCCCUGCGCCGCACGUGCCCGGGCCUGCCCCGCAUGGAUGUUGCGGCUGGCGGCCGUGGCGGGGCUGCCAUGGUCAGGGCGCCCGGCGGCAGCAAUAUUGAUGGCGUGGAGGUGUACCGGCCGUCGCGGCCCCGCUGGUUGCUGCAGCGGUAGGAGUACGGAGGGGAGGUAUGCGCAGCCGCUGAUGCGCGCGCACACGCACUGCGCAAUGUGUUAGCGCGCAAGUGUUGUACACGCAUGCGUACGUGAUGUGUGCGCCAGCCAUACCUGGCUGCAUGCUUUCUACGUAUUAUCAUAUGUGGAGCGUUGAAAGAGAGGGCAUGAGGGAGAGGGCACGUGGGAAAGGGCGUGAGCUGUAUGAAGCAACCAGGGGAGGAAUCAACCAAAGGGGAUGCUGGCGAGCGCACGGACGGCUGGCCGCCGCAUGCGUUUAUUGCAUGACGGUGCGGUAGUGUACGGCAUGGCUUGGACUGAGGCGACACUGAGGGACAAGGGCCGCGAGUGCUGGCUAUGAGGUGGGUUACAAGACGUGCGACCCAGUUGUGUUGGAUGGGGUCAAGUUGAUAUCAGCGCCUGUAUUGAUAUGCUUGAAAGAACGCAACACGCACAAGCGAACAUGACGUUGUAGAGCCGAGGCCAGUGAGCUAGCACAAGCAAAAAGAAAAGCGUGAGCAUGAGCAGCGACCGCAACUGCUACGUUACCUUUGACGAGAUAACCGCGCGCCAAGCUGCGCCACUCCGGCGUCCGAAAGCUCUCAGCUGGCGUAUACGGCUGUCAGAGGCUGGGCUGGCGCAGACUACCAAGCGAAGGCUGCGAUGCGUUGUGAUAACGCGAACCCCAAGA